AUGCACCGAUCAACGCGGAAUUUCACCUGCCACCGGGUAAGAUUAGCACUGCUUGCGCCGAGGAACACCCCGCUGACAAUUUUAGAGCGAUUGGAAACGCCGCCGCCGCCGUUCGCGACCAUUCCUUUCUCCCGCGACCUUGAUUUUGUCAACCGUGGAGACAUUCUCGACCAGAUCAACCAACGAUGUUCGGAGCCGGCCGGCCGUGUGGCCCUCGUGGGCCUCGGUGGUGUGGGCAAGUCGCAACUGGUUAUCGAAUACGCGCACCGAACAGCAGCAAAGGAGCCUGACAGAUGGGUGUUCUGGGUCCAUGCCGGCACACAAGCACGCGUCGAGGAAGGGUUCAAGGCAAUCGCUGAUGCCGUAAAGCUACCAAGCUGGAGGCAGCCGAAGGCCGAUGUACCGCAGCUUGUGUAUAGCUGGUUGUCGAACGAGCGAGACCGCCGAUGGAUCGUAAUCCUCGACAGUGCCGAUGACGUCGACGUAUUCUUCGGCGCUGGCAGUAACCCUGAACGACGUCCGCUAGCUGACUAUCUUCCGCAGAGCCCAAAUGGGUCUCUUCUCGUCACAACACGCAAUAAAAAUCUAGCUUGUAGGCUAGUAGGGGGGUACAAGAAUACAAUCGAGAUCGGGCCAAUGGCGGAGGGUGAUGCUCUGUUGCUGCUGGAAAGGAAAUUAAGCUUGCUCUCGGACAAGGAUUCGGCAGAGGAGCUUGUACGGGCGCUGGAAUACGUUCCACUAGCUAUCAGCCAGGCGGCGGCCUAUAUUCAGAGAAUGUCGCCACGGAGCUCGGUCAAAAAGUAUUUGGCCGAGUUCCACAAGGGCGAAAGCAAGAGAGCCCGGCUUCUAAGUCAUGACGCGGGCGAGUUUCGGCGAGAGGGAGGGGCUUCAAGUGCAAUCCUUACCACCUGGCGGAUAUCCUUUGAACAUAUCCGCUCUAAGAGAGCUUCGGCGGCAGAUCUUCUCUCCCUGAUGAGCUUCUUCGACCGACAGGGCAUUCCAGAGUCGUUGCUAAGGCCGCCUCACAUGGACGAAGCAAUACAGGAGAGAGGGUCCGACGUACAGCAUGAUUUGGGAUCCAACAGUAGCGAUGACGACAGAGAGAACGACGAGACGGACAGCGGAUUCGAAGACAAUAUAGCAAUGCUAACAGACUUUUGUCUCGUGACUGUAAGCGAAAGCGGAGAGACGUUCGAGAUGCACGGCCUCGUACAGCUGUCGACGAGGACGUGGCUGAAGGCUUGUGGGAGGGAGGAGGAAUUCAAGCAUCAGUUUGUGUCACGGAUAGCCGCGCUAUUCCCACCCGGAGGCUACAGUAACUGGGCGACAUGUCAGCGUCUCUUUCCACACGUUGAGAAGGCCGUAGACUACCGACCAGUGGAGAGCAAAUUGGAGGAGGCAUGGGCAACGCUGUUAUAUAAU